AUGUGUCAAGUUCGGACAUUUAAUCCUUGUACAUGACACCUGUCAAAAACAGAACAAUUUUAAAUUUAAUACAUACUAUUUAUCGGUAGGAAGUUGGAGUAUUUGUUAGAUUUCUACUUAGCUGCAUUUACUUUGAAAUCCACUGACUUUGGAGACAGUAAUUAUUUGUUCCAAGAAGACCAAAUUGGACAUAACAACAAAAUAAUAGUUUGAGAAUUGGAGAAGACGAUCUAACAUGGAGGUGUUAAAUAUUUGUUGUGUGUCAUGUCAACAGUAUUAUGGGUGAUUAUAUAAUAUGUGUUGUCACUGACACCCUUUCUCUAACGUUUUGUGAAAUUUGAAGACAUGGGUGACCUUGACACAACGCUAGAAGAAGAUGUGAAUUAUAGGCGUGUAAAAGUUUUGUAUGAUUAUAGCUAUACUGACUCAGAUAUUGAAGAAGAUGUGGCGAUGCAUGCCGGGGAGGAGUUCUUUCUCAUUCAAGAAACCAAUGACGAAUGGUGGGAAGUUUGCCGAAAGAAAGACUCCAACACCUUCUAUGUACCUGCUCAGUAUGUCGAAAUCAUAGACAGUGUUAUAGUUACUGAUGAAAAUUCCAAUAAAGAAGCCAUCAAAAAUGUGCCAUCAAAUAAUCAAGAUGAGGGCGUUAAUAAAACUACACAGGAACCCAGCAACAUUCCUUCGAGUACCAAAGAAGUAAUCUAUGCGAAUCUCGAUGAAUACAGGGCCAAAGCCAACAUUCCACAACCUCCGGCUAAAUUAGAUUUAGCUGAUAAUGAUGGGCCUUCUGGAGAAUAUGCAAAUUUAGCCUUCAUACAAAGUUCUAUCCACCCUCCAUCAGUAGAACAAGGAGAUUAUCUUCAUGUUUUACUCGAACCUUUACCUUGGGAUGUUUAUAGAGAUAGAUAUUCAGGUCGAGAAUUCUUUCAUAACAGAGAAACAAAUGAAACAACAUGGAAACCGCCAAGAAAAGCACGAACUCCUACAUCCCCUCCACCAGAGACAAUUGGAAAAACUGUUGAAAAAUCCCACAAAAGAACGGCUAGUGUACCAGAAAUUAUUAAAAGUAAAAGUGCUAUAGAUGAAUAUCAUGUAAAUAUAGAACAUGGUGAUACAAUUUAUACACAUAAAGUUACAGAAGAAAGGUGGAAGAAAGCUGUAGAUGACAACCAGUCUGAAUAUUAUAUUAGUUUAGAUAGAAAUGAAACAGUUUGGGAACUUCCAUCAAAGGUUGGCAGAAAAGUUAGUUUUAUUCCAAAGGUUGAAGAACCCGCUAAUGGAGAUGUAGGCGGACAAAAUGACAAGUUUUCUCUCAGUUUACCCAGAUCAGCUAAAUCACGAUCUGUACAUGGUGGUGAAAAACUCAGACAAAGUUUGGAAAAUGCGCUAUCUAAAUCAUCUACGUUACCUCCUAAUUUUUCACCUGCCAAUCAAAUGCAGAUUCAGUCAUCAGCCUCCAGUGAUAACAUACCAACUAACCUAACUAAAACAGGGCGUCCUACAUUUAAAGCCAUUCAACAACCUGAGAGACUAUUAGCUACCACAUUUAAUACAUGCAGAUUAGCUGAGGUCGGUAAAAAGGUCAAGAAAAAUUGGAGUUCUUCAUAUUUAGUGUUAAAACAUUCAAAUCUGGUGUUUUAUAAAGAUGAGAAAGCUGCUACCCAGAAACAACCUGGUUCACCUCAUGGUAAAACAGAUCAAGUUGUUAGUCUAAAGGGUGCUACCAUUCAACUUAAUCCCAAAAUAUUAACCAGCAAGAAAAAUGUUUUAUUGUUAACAACAUCAAAUGGUAGUAAAUAUUUACUACAGUCAGAUGAAGAAACAGUAUUAAAAUGGAUAGCAGAAUUAACUUUAGCUGCUGGAGGUACUAAUGAAAACACUAGUCAUGCUCAGAGAGAAGAAAAGAAGGGAAUGCCAAGAAGUUUAUCAGAAGAUGGCAGUACUGCACGUAAUAUAUGGAACAUAAAAACUAAGUUAUUGAGUUUAAUGAGAACGAGACCAGCACAAGAAGAUUUAGUCAAACGGGGCAUUAUUAAAGAUUCAGUAUUUGGAUCAAGGUUAAAAGAUUUAUGUGAAAAGGAACAUGCUAAGGUACCUAAAUUUGUCUGUCUUUGUGUAGCAGCUGUAGAAAAGAGAGGGUUAGAUCAUGAUGGUAUAUAUAGAGUUAGUGGUAAUCUAGCAGAAAUACAAAGAUUGCGAUAUGUUGUAGAUAAAGAGGAGUCAUAUAAUCUAGAUGAUAAACAAUGGGAUAUGAACGUAUUAACUGGAGCUUUGAAAUUAUUUUUUCGUGAAUUAAAAGAACCUCUUAUUCCAUUUGACAUGUUUGAUAUGUUUGCUGCAGCAGUUCAAAAAGAAUCUUAUACUGAAAAAUUUAAGUUUAUGAAGGAAUUAUUACCUGAAUUACCCAGAUGUAAUUAUGAGACCAUGAAAUUUUUAUUUCAACAUUUAAUACUUGUAACAAAAGAAAGUCAAAAGAAUCGAAUGCAGAUUCAUAAUCUUGCCAUUGUGUUUGGACCAACAUUGUCAUGGAAAAAUGAUGCAGAUGCCCAGAAUUUAGCAGUUCUGACAGUUUUUCAAAGUCGUAUUGUAGAAUUUAUGUUACUAGAAUUUGAUAAAUUAUUUAAAUAGCCUUGUUAAGUAUUGUCCCUCCUUCCCCUCAAAUCCCUUAUCUCCCCCUUCUCCUUACAGAUUAUCUUCAGGUCACCACUUGUUAGUGUGAUAUAUAUAUAUAUAUUUUUUAAAGCUAGAUAUUUGAGAUAUUGAAUUGGAAUCUUUAUAUUUCACUCUUUGUAUUUUAGAAACCAGGUAGUUAAAGGUAUUCUUGAUUAUAAUAAUAAACAUAAAAUUUAUUGUUAUGGUCCUAAGAUAUAUCUAAAACAAUAAUUUGUUAUAUAAGAAUUAAGUAUGUGUUUUGAUAGAUAAUAUGAGUAUGAUUUGCCCAUUAUUUUGAGCAGUAUUUAGAGAAAAGAAAAUAUUUUUCAAAUAUUUUGUUUAUAAGAUUGAAUGUGUGACUGUCAAGGACGGAUCCAGAGGCCAUGGAUAGGGAAACCGCACACUGUGAGUGCCGGAGGCACAAAGCACACAACGGGGGAUCCUGGUGGCCUCCACCGGAAUAUUUCGAAAACUAGGAGCCUGGAAAUGCCAUUCCCAGUGAGACAAGAAUCCGGUUCUAAAAUAAUGAAUUUUAAUGGGACUUUUUCAGUCAGAAAUCCAGAUCCGCCCUUGACUGUGAUUUUACGACCAUAUUGGUCACUGUUACUUUAAAUGUCUAAAAUCUUAUAUUAAAAUCUCAGUGCACCAGAAAGCUACCUGUCAGUUUCCUUAUUUAAAUUUAACAAAUAUAAGGGCUGCAAUGUGUUGUUUACAUUGUAAUUUAGACAAUAAGAUCGAUAAACCUAGGUUAGAUAUCAUCUUGACCUCCAGGUUACAGAUAGAAAUGAUUAUUCUUCGAUAUUUGUGGCUUGUUAAAUUCUGAAUCAAUGUAUCAUGAUGUCAUUGAUGCAUUUUGAUAAGACUACUUUAAAUGCAUCUGAUCUGAACGUCUAUAUUUGCUAAAUGUACCUUUAAUGAAAUAUUAUAAGUUAGAUUUGAGUAUACAGUUCAGCCGUGGAUUAAAAAUGAAUACCAAAUAUUGAAUUUCUAAAAUAUUGAUGUUUAGAAACAUGAAUCUUGAAAAUUUUGGAAUAGGACUUUUGUUUGAAAAAGGGUGUACAACACUAAGAAUAUUAAUUAACAUGUAUACCUACUAUAUAAACUAGAAUGAUUAUUAGGUAGUUAUAUUAUACUAUCUCUAGUUGUAUUCUUCAAAUAUAUUGUCUUUUUUACAAACUCAUAGCUACUCAUUGCUUUUUGAACCAAGAACUUGGUAAUCUUCUUCUUGUUCUUCUUCUUAUUGUGCAUCCAAGAUGGCUGCGAUUACAUCAUGGUCCAGUCAAAAGAGAAAUUAGUAGCUCCUGGCCCCGUGUUCACAAACCAUUCUCAGACUUAAGUUAAGAAUUUACUCAACUUUUAAUCACUGUUUAUGAGAAAUAUCUUUGAUACAGAAACACAAAACUUUUCUUAGUUUCUUAUUAAUUUAUUUGAUACAUUAAAACAAACAAAGUUUGAUAAAGGACUACAUUUUAGUUAAUAUAAGACAAACAAUUUUGAGUAAAUUCUUAACUUAAGUCUGAGAAUGCUUUGUGAACUCGAGAUCAGAUAUGAUGAGUGAAUGAGUAAGGUAAUAUAGAUUAAGGGAAUACAGUUGUUAAUAACGGUCACAUUACAGGUGACAAUAUUAUUUUGUUUAUUAGUGUGAGUAUAAAACUUAUAUAUAUAUAUGCUUCCCUAAUUCUUGUAAACCCAUUGUUUUUUUUUUAAAACACAGCAUCAAUUGUUCCCUUAUUUUAAAUCAAAUUUGGAACUCUUGAGUUAAAUGUUUAAUAGAGAAACAAUAGGAUUGUGAGAAUGUGCUUCCAUAUUGUUGGUAUAAAUGAUGAGGAUUAGUUUGUGUAUAAAUUACGUAGCUGAAGCGUUAUCAUUUGUUAAUAAAUCAUGCCCUAUACUACUGCUAUCUGAUUAAAAUCCCUUGCCAAUUAUUUUUUUUAAAAUCUUAUACUAAGUUAUUAUCUGACAUUUAUUUUUUUUUUUUUUUUUGGAAACAGUGUUCAGAUCAUGUGAUCUUCUUGACCAAAUCAUUUGUCUGUAUUGGUAUACAGGGCUGUGAUUUGUGGUGAAUUUUAAAACCUAAGCUUGUAAAUCUGAUGGUGUUUGGUUUAUAGUAUGACGUGGUUAGUAUAAAUAGAACUGUCACAGGUAAAACACAGAUAUAAUAGAAAGUAUGUUAGAUUAAAAUGUAGUGUAAAAAAAUGAAACAAAAUACUUAAAUACAAAUCUUAUAUAAAUGUUAUUGUAUGAUUGACUGGGUUAUAUACAACAAUUAGUUAUGUAAUACAACUGGGUUACAUAACACACCUAGUUACAUUAUAUAUCGUAACUGAUUAUGUUAUAUAACACACCUAGUUACAUUAUAUAUUGUAACUGAUUAUGUUAUAUAACAUACCUAGUUACAUUAUAUAUCGUAACUGAUUAUGUUAUAUAACACACCUGGUUACAUUUUAUACCAUAACUGAUUAUGUUAUAUAACACACCUAGUUACAUUAUAUAUCGUAACUGAUUAUGUUAUAUAACACACCUGGUAACAUUUUAUACCAUAACUGAUUAUGUUAUAUAACACACCUAGUUACAUUAUAUAUUGUAACUGGUUAUAUGUUAUAUAACACACCUAGUUACAUUUUAUAUUAUAACUGAUUAUGUUAUAUAACACACCUGGUUACAUUUUAUACCAUAACUGAUUAUGUUAUAUAACACACCUAGUUACAUUAUAUAUUGUAACUGAUUAUAUGUUAUAUAACACACCUAGUUACAUUUUAUAUUAUAACUGAUUAUGUUAUAUAACACACCUAGUUACAUUAUAUACCAUUACUGUUUAUUUUAUUUACCAUAGCUAAUAUUAUAUGUUUUAUAACAUACCUAGAUACCAUAACUAAUUAUGUAUUAUACUCUGCAGCUGCUAAUUAUAUAUUAAGACUAGUUAUGUUUGUUUAUGUAUUAAUCCACAAUCAUGCUUUCUGAAAAUAACUUUAAAAAAGUAGAUGUAUAAUGUUGCUUUAAGAAUGACAAUAACUAAGUUAUAACAGUAAAAUAAAUUAUUAACUUUGACCUACUUUUUCAAAGUAUGUUAGUUACCCCUUAGGUUUUCCAGUAUUGGCAGUAUAAGUUUUUUCAAAAUGCCAGGGAAUGCUCAAAUGAAGGGGAAUAACUGUUCAAUAUUAAACUAGGUCUAGGAUAUUACUAGUCAAAGAAAUUUUUUUUUAAUUCUAUGAUUAUUACAAAUAGAAAUAAAGAUUCAGAGGUUUUCCUGAAAUUUCAGAAUGAUUAUCAUAUGAAUAGACAAUAUUUAAUACAAAUUUAAUAGAAGAUAUUAUAAUUCACUGUGCUACAUAUAGUAGAAACAAAAUGUCUUGAUUACCAAUAUAUUCCGUCUUGAUAUUAUCAAUAUCCAUAAUAUAGCAUUACUACUAGUGGUUCAGUAUAUUUCAGUAUCAUUAGGAGAUGAGUCUCUCUACUGUACUUUUCAUUAAAAUUCCAACAUGCCAGAAUAAAAGUUAAAUCAAUCAAACAUACUUUUCUUUAAAAAAUACUUCUGGUCCAAACAUGAUUCAUAUCAAUAAAUGAUAACUUUAAUAAAUUAUGACCAUUUAAUGUUUACAUUGAUUGACGUAAUUCUUUUUAUCUUUUUGGUACAAGCCAGCCAAUACAUCAAUUCAUAAUGGUAUUUUUUAUACAUGGAUGUGCUUAUUUAUAUAAUUAAAUAUGUACCAUAGUCUGUAAAAUAAAUCAUAUUUUUGUUAUUUAUUAGAUAAAUAGCUGAUAUCAAACUGUUUGUGAAUAGGAUCAUGCAGGCACCUGAAACUAUUGAACUGCAAAUAAACCAUUAAUAAUAAUGAUAUGUUACUUGAUUAAGACCAAGAUGGCAUUAUCUCCCAUUAGCUACAACCUCCCAAUUUAAUAAAUGCCAAAAGUAACACCCAUGCUCAAUUGUGAUUAGUUAAUUAAACCCACUAUAAUUUAAAUGAUGAUUUGUUAUAUAUUAUAAUGAUGCACAGCUUGGUAAACCCUGUUAAUCUAUUCCUGGCUGAUGUUAGCCUCACUUCCCAUUGCUCAAUGCUGAGUCUAAUAUACUAGUAUUGUAAUUAUUCAAAACAAUAUCAAGAUUGAUUUCUUGUUCUGUGGUGUAUUUCUUUCUAAGCUUGAAUGUUUAUCAAACUAUUGGCCAUUGAAAAGGAACCUGACUCUAAUAGCAAUGACAUUUUGUACACCUACAUAUUAAUGUGGUCAUAUAUAUUUAUAUACCGGUAUAUCUUUGUAUUCUCUUCGUCGGGUAAACAUCUUUAUUUUCGAUUCAAUAUUGUCUUUGUGCUUAACUAAAUAUAGAAAAGAAAUUCCAAAUGUUUAUUGAUUAUUCCAUGUGUUUUUGCCUUGAACAAUUAUCACUGAAACUUUGUCUAAUGUUUUAGGGGUUUUUCUGGGGGGCUGUUUAAAUGAAACAUUCUUGAAAUUGGGAUAUUUUUCGUGUAGGAUAGUUUGGGGCUUUUUUUUUUUAGAGUUUACAUUUGGUCAGGUUAAAUGCUGGUGGGUAUAUGUAUGUAUUGUUUCCCGGCAACUAGUCUUUCUAAUUGUUGUUAAUGGAUGUAUGUAUGUUAAUUUCCUUCUCGAGGACUGGAUGAAACUGAUACCAAGUUGUUAUUGCUUCUUUGUUAAAAUUAUAUGAUAUGGUAUAUUAUAGAUUAUAUUAAUCCCCAAUACAGAUAGAUUAUUUUAUUUUACACAUUUUUGUAAUUCAGAAUUCUGAAAUUUCAUAAUCCAUGUAAUCUAAUAAAAUUUGGAGGACUUUCAGAAUCUGUUCACUGAUAACUAAACCUCAUAUAAACCCUGCCCCUUGUUUAUUGUAUUAUGUUACACAAUACACAGAUAACACCAGAUAGAUUCUUGUAUCCAGCCCAAUAUUCUUCAUGUCAUAAAUUCUAAGUUUAUGUGAUAUACAGUUUUGUAGACAGUAUGUAAAAUUUUCACAUAUUGUAUCUAAAGAGUUGGUUAAACUUUGUGAUUUUUAUCUUUCGUUUUGGGUGAUAAAUGCCAUUUCAAACCGUUUUCAAAAGGUUUUUUUUUUUAUCUUGCAUUUAAUCAUUUUCCUUUUGGGAUUUUAAAGAAGACUUGAUUUAUUUUCCUUCCAAAUUUGCCAUGCCAUUAAUUGCAGAUUGAAAAACAGUUUUUUCUUUUAUUAGAGAAUUGGUAAGAAAAAAAUCUGAUAUUUUGAGUUACAAAAUUUGUGAAAUAUAAAGAAUAAUUAUUGUUAUUUACCUAUAUAUGUAUUAUAUAAGUAUAUAUUAUCAAGUGAUAUAUUAAUUAUUAUUAUCCCUACAAGAUAAACGUGUUCAUCUUUUUGUUAUUACAUCAUCCUACUCAUAUUAAAUAUAUUAAAGAAGAUUUUAAUUGUAUAUAUUCCUGAUUGACAGUGGUAAAUCACCAACUGUUAUAUUGCCUAAUAAAUUCUGAAA